AUGUCACUGUUGUGUUCCUUAUCGAAUGAGGUGCCUGAGCACCCAGUUGUUAGUCCCCGCUCUGGUUACGUUUUUGAACGACGGUUGAUCGAGAAGUACCUUGCUGAAAAUGGAACGGAUCCUAUAGACCAACAACCACUAGCAGUUGAAGAGUUGAUUGAAAUUAAAUCCUCUGCGUUUGUCCGACCCAAACCUCCAUCUGCGACAUCAAUUCCUGCCAUACUGAAGACACUUCAGGAUGAGUGGGAUGCUGUUAUGUUGCAAUCCUUUACACUCCGACAACAGUUACAAACUGCAAGACAAGAAUUGUCACAUGCUCUAUAUCAACAUGACGCCGCUUGUCGUGUUAUUGCCAGGUUAACAAAAGAAGUUACAGCCGCACGUGAAGCUUUAGCCACACUGAAACCACAGGCUGGGAUAGUUCAGUCAGCCCAGCCGAAUAUACAAAUUAACACUACAACUCACCAGCCUCCGAUGGUUGCAACUGCAGUGACGGUUGAAUCUCCAGAUACUUCAGGAGACAACGCAAGAGUUGCAGAUUCAAACCAGCUACAAGAAGAAAUUGGUAUAAGCGAAGAGGUAAUUAGUACUCUCCAGGAAAGAGCUAGUCAACUUACUGCAGAACGUAAACGUCGUGGUAAAACUGUUCCAGAAGGAUUAGCUAAAUCUCGAACAAUAUCUGAAUAUCAACAAUUGGCAAAUCAUGUAGGCUUACAUUCUGCAAGUAUGCCUGGCAUUAAUUGUUUGGACAUAAGCAAGACAUCAACAGAAAGGAUUGUAACAGGAGGUAAUGAUAAGAAUGCAGUUGUAUUUGAUCUAUCUACAGCACAAGUUAUAUCCAUUCUCAAGGGACAUACCAAGAAGGUUACAAAAGUUGUUUAUCAUCCCUCCGAAGAGUUAGUAUUCACAGGAUCUCCGGAUACAACUUUACGAGUCUGGGGAGUAGAACAAGGUCAGUGUGCAAGUAUAAUUCGUGCACAUAAAGGACCUGUAACUGGAUUAAGCAUUCAUGCAACUGGAGAUUACUUAUUAUCCUGCAGUUCAGAUGGUCAAUGGGCGUUUAGUGAUCUGCGACACGGUCGCGUUCUGGUUAGAAUCUCGGCUGUGGAUAAAUCUGGUAGUGUACAAGCUCUUACAUGUGCACAAUUCCAUCCUGAUGGUUUAAUUCUUGGUACGGGUACAGCUGAUGGUGAAGUGAAAAUAUGGGAUGUUAAAGAACGACGUAAUGUUGCCAAUUUCGCUCAUGGUUCAGGUGCUAAUCAACCUGUUACAGCUGUAGCAUUCUCAGAGAAUGGAUAUUAUCUAGCAACAAGUGGAGCUGAUAGUCAAGUGAAACUUUGGGAUUUACGAAAAUUAAAGAACUUUAAAACCUUGAUUCCUGGAGAGGAUCAACCUUCUUCAUACGAAAUAAAUGAUGUUGAAUUCGAUCAAUCUGGUUCAUAUCUUGCCAUUGCAGGUACAGAUGUACGUGUAUAUUUAUGUAAACAAUGGGAUCAAUUGAUUUCUUUCAAUGCACAUACAGCUCCAGCAACUGGAGUUCGUUUCGGUGAGAAUGCAACUACAGUGAUUUCAACUAGUCGUGAUCGUUCAGUAAAAGUUUUUGGUACAUGA